AUUUUGGCAACAUGGCUUCCUACGAAGCAAAUAAAAGGAAUCCAUUCAAAUUCACAAUCAAUAAUUCACAAAAUGUAUGGCUGGUUAACUAACAAAAAUAUUUUGAAACCGUGAAGCACCUCUGAUGUCAGUGGAAUUCAUGUGUGGCUGAUUCUAGUAAUUCUGCUGAAAAUGAGUCAUGGAUUAGGUAGAGGGCGAGGUGCCCUUAAGUCUCGCCUGCCCCCCAUACAUAUGCUGGGGAAACAUACACCUGUGGAUGAGGAUGAACCCCCAGAUGUUCCAGUUCAGGCAUUUGGUUUUAUGGAGACUGAUGGGGAUCAGUCUUCUACAUUUGAAACAACAUUUGAUUCAGCUGAUGCAGAAGAUGCGAGUAAAUUUUUACGGAAAGUAUUUAAUAUACUUCAGCCUGGAUACCAUGCUUGUAAACGUAUCCCAGACAUGGAUGGUGGCUAUUUCAGCCAUUGCCCUAGGGGAGUUCCGCUUGGGAAACAAUAUUCAAAUUUAAGGAGGCUAAUGGAAGAGAGGGCACAAUUAGAAAUAUUAAAAGAUUGUUUGAUAAGGGUCAAAUCAGCUCAGACUUUUGUUGAAGAGUUGGAAAGUCUGAUCCAAAUGGAAUGUCGCACAGCUUACUCUCUAAGACAUGGCUGUACUCAAGAAACCCCAGUUACAAAGCUCUAUUGUUUAAAUGCAUUGUGUGAGGACCUGCGCCUCCAUGUGGCUCAUUGGAAUAGUAUCAAGCAAAGACUCAACACAAAUCACUGGUUACAGCCUAGAUUAGGACAGCUGUGUUUGCAGCUUCAACAGAUUAUGCAGGUUCUUACAACUACUGUACUAAAAGCUGUCUGUAAUUUGGAUCAACUUAUACAUAUAGGUUUUGAGGUGUUUGCCCAUGGUAAUAUGGAGACUCUGACUCCAGAGAUCAUGUGGAACAUCACUAGGGGACUAGAAGAUUUCAACAUCAUAAUCAAUGGUCUUAAGCUUCAUUUUCAAGUGGAUAAAUCCCUGACUUUUGGUAACCAUUUGUUUUCAGCUCAAAUCAAAACAAACACAUCUGUUGUGAACUCUGCUUUAACAAAGCCUCUUAGGACUAUUCCCUUUACUAAAGUAUUGAAUAUUCUUGCUAAUGAGAGAUCAAAAUAUGCUGCCAGGCUAACUCAUGAGUUCUUUACUCAAAAUGAGCAUUUUCUUCGUAUUCUUCAUGCGGGAAAUUUACCAGCGUUUGAAUGGGAUGAUUAUGUACCUUAUCAAAAUCAGCCCCAUUCUAUGAUGAUGCGUAGUGAUACAUCGGACUACCACACAUUUACAGGAAGCAGUACCAGUCUCAAUGCAACAUUUCUACAAGUUGGAACACUGCGAGCGCCAGACCUAUCAAACCUUGUGUCGCCACUGAUACACUUCUCCCAGAAGGAGCAAGAGUUUGCUGAGAAUUUUUUACUUAUUGUUUGCAAUUCAACUUCCUUGCUAAGGAAGAAUGAGCCCCACAAACCCCACAGAGCUCGUCAUGCAAAUAAACAGGUAGAAAUGAAAUCCCCGUUGAGUCCUGUUGUUGGAAGGCCACCAAGGGUGCAGUUUCAAAAUGACACCCCUGUUGUAAACCGGACAGAUUCACAGAGAAAAACUGUUUCAUGGGGAGAUAAUGCAGAUAACACUAUACGAAGUGCAGUAGUCACCCAUUACAUGGAUUCUAUGUGGACUCACCUUGGGAGAAACCUUGACCUGUUUCUUGAUGAACCAACUUGGAGGGGACGUAAUUGCCUUCUGUAUUCUGAAAUAGGGUCGCUGCUUCUCUACAAUGACACAAUAAAUGCUAUACUGCGGAAUAUGAUAGAACUUCUUUGUUUCAAAGAUAUAUUUCCUCCUACCUCUGUUCAACCCUUGCUGGGGGUUGUUUUUAGACUACAUGCUCUGUCUUCUUUUGGGGCCUGGGAUGAAAUGAUGAAUGCAUGUCUGGCCUCAGAAAUGACAGAUAAAUGUCAGCCAUGUUUGAUAAAUGGUGACCUUUAUUGUACACGCACUGGCAAGUUUUUGAGAGAUAUGUACAAGCCCCUAAUGAGCAUUUUAAAAGAGAUAAAUCAGUGCUUCCCAAAAAAUCGAGAUUCUGAAAAUGUCAUUCAGCAUGCUGAUAUUGAUCUUGGUGUGUGUGCUGGUGUGACUUGGCGCAUACUGACAACCUGCAAAUUGGCCAUGUCUUGGUGUAGUUCUAAAGUACAGCAGCUGCUGUCUUCUUGGAAUGUUAAUCAGUUUCUUUUGCUUACACACUGUGAUCUUAAGAUGCUUGUAGAUUCGACAAAAAGUGUGUCCUACUUGCUGCAAAGUUUAAACCUAACAGAAGAACAUGGUGUGAUCAAAGUUUCUGAUAUUUUGUCUCAGUGCCAACUUGGUGUUCUGAAUCAGCAAAUUGAUGUUGUUAAUGGCCAGAUACAGACACUCAGUGGCACUGCCAUGAAAAUAUUUCUAGACAAAUACAAUGAACAUGCAUCAAGAUUCUUUCAAGAAAACAUACUGCCUGCGCGCAUGUGGAAACGAAAACUGUUACCUGAGGAAAUAGCUGAACCAAGCCGCUAUGCUGUGGAUGGUGUUGAACUUUUGCUAGCUUCAGUUGUACAUGGAAUGUCAAAUCUUUCAACAACGUCACAAAUUGGAGUCAUAUCACUGGUUACCGUUGCUUUUUGCAAUGCCUGGAUUAGCUUAAUUUUAAAGGAGAAAAUAAGAUUUAGUUUAUGGGGUGCUGUUCAGCUAGGCAUAGACUUUGACUAUGUGAAAUCUCAACUUAGCCAGCUGUUAACAAAUGAAGAAGUGAGACAAAGUAUAACAGAACUAGCUAUAUUUCAUCAGAUGCAAGGUAUUGUUGUGCUUCUUAAACGACAACCAAGCCAAAAACAAUCUAGUAACAGAUUAAUGGAUAAUAUCAUGUGUGAUUCAGCUUCCUCAGCCCUCUCUCCAGAGCCAGUGUCUGACUCUAAAACUUUCUCCACUACCCAGUCCAGUCUAUCAGCUGUAGGCAAUGGGACUCACAAAACUUCAAAGUCUAGCCAUCUCUCAGCUCAGGAAGAAGAGAGCGCUGCAUGCUCUGUGCCCAACAUGCAAGAAUGGCUGGCUCUGAGAGCUAUCGGGGGCUCUAAACCAUGGAAGUUUCCUGCUUGUUUUUCCAGAAGUUCUAGUGAUGAUUAAACAUCAAUCUGCUUUUUUUACAUUUUUAUCUGUACCUGUUGUUUUAUUAACCAAAAUUGUUUCAUUUGAGCCUUGAAAUACUGUAUUGCUUUGUUAAGAUUCACUUGUAAAUUUUAAGUAUUAAUUAAUAAGCUAAUUGUAUACAUAUUGGUGACUGUAAUUAACAGCAUGUUAAAGAGGUAUUUUUCUAACAAUUGAAAAGAUAUUGGUGGUUGUUUAAAAACUGGCCAUCAUGAUAUUUAGUAUUUGUUUAAAAUAUUUGUAUUUAAAUAAUUUAGUACGACAACUCUCUGUUAGGUAAACGUUCAGUAAAUUAUUACCUCAGCAGACGUACAAUCUAUUACUGUAGAACAUUGUACCUCAAAAUUUCGUUUCAAGCAAAUAAGGGGGAGGAGGAGAUCAAUUGGUCUACAUUAUGGGUUUCACUUCAAUUUUUUUCAAAAGAUUUUUUAAUUUUUUACUGAUCAUUCAGAUAGUUAUAAAAUAAUUCUUUGACUCAUUUUAUUACUUAAGAGAUAAUGUGAAACCUUUAUUUUCUCACUGUUAAUUUAUGUGGCACCAGUAAUUUAGUUUCUCAAAUGUGAAACUCCUCUUAGACAAAUGAAUAUGUUUCUCCUUGACAUAGUGGUGUAGUAUUUAUGACCAUCACUGGGACGUUCAUUACAUUCAACAUUGUGACCAUUUAUAUGUGCCCAAAAAACAUACUGUUGUAUAUUUCUGGGUGGAAAAUCCUCUCUUACUACACAACCUUGUUUCUUUCCUAAUUUAGACAUGAGCUCUUCACCUCUAACUGCCCUUUGUUGCAAAUGUCAUCAUAAAAGUUACAUCUCAUUAUUUAGUAUAGAUAACUUUUUAAGAUUUGCUGGGAAGAGUUAUCUUUAUGAUGGUCUUCCACAUUUAUGCUGAGUCGUACAAUU